CCUCUCAUAUUCUCAAUUCAGUCCCUUAAGAACAUCAAUAUCUGACAAACUUGGCCGUCGGUGAUCAGCCUGUAUACUUUUUGCGCGUUUGAUUUUUUGCUAAGUGUUGGGACCACCCAUGCUAACUCUUCGACCAAACCUCCAGCUGCAGUCAGAACUUCCACAACCCCUCAAACGGUGCGCCAAAUGUCAAACCACCACCUACUGCUCCCGCGAGUGCCAGAAGGGGGACUGGAAGAACCAUAAACGCAUCUGCGCCUCAAACGCAUCCUCGAGAACAGAAUCCAACCCAUUCCCCCGGCCCGCUGAGGCACAUAACCCCGGCUUCAACGCCGCGAAUGCCCUCCUCGGCCUCUCCAACGACGACUACCUUCACAAGCUCUCCGAGAAAGACGCGUUCAUACAGUUAAUUGAUUGUUUCCGUAUGCGUAUGGAGGACGAAUACACAUUCGGAGCGAACAACUUCGGGAUCUAUGGUGGGGAAAAUCCGGUCCCGGUCUUCAAGAAAUUCUUGGAUCUUGCGGAGAAGAGAGACAAGUUGCUACCCAGUUGGUGGAAUAAGGAGAAGAGAAAGGAGUGUGAAAGACUUGCUAAAGGUGGAGAUAGUUGGGCUGAUAUCAGUUGUGCGGUGGAGAAGUCAGAUAUCACGGAGCAUUAUGGAAACCCGAUGAUGCCUAUGCAGUUGAGGAUCUUGGGAGAGAAGAUCUAUGGAAAGGGCUUCAUGUAGGAUCUCGAUUGUAAGAAUUCUCAAGGGGAAAGCUCAGCAUACCAGUUGGAGGUAGAGGGCAGAAUCACAAUUCGGGCUGAUUCCACCUGCUUUGUACCACGACCCCCAUGUUCUACUAAGCGGGAUGCGCAUCAAGGAAAACUACACACAUAUUCACUGGCCUACCAAAUGUUUAGACAAGAGUCAGCUUUUG